AUGACACGUAGAACAUAUCAACAUCUUGCACCGCCAUCGAAAGCGGCUACAGAAAAUCGUCUUGGCUUCUUUGAUCAUAUAAUAAGGACACCACCAGAUAGCCUUGUUCGACGAAUUUUGAGGAGUUUGGCGGAUCCAAGCUGGAAGAGGCCACUUGGCCGAAAGCGAAGUUCUGGAAUGAGAGUAUGGAAUAGCGACGAAUGGGCUGAUUUUGUGCAAGCUCUCGCAGAAGAUCGAGAAGGUUGGGCAGAGCUAUGUUCAAAGACGACACAUCUCGGCGAUGAUGCGGGUAAUCGCGUCAAGCGAUGA